GUGUCGUCUGCUAGCUGAAACUUUUCAGAUGUUUGUCAAAAGCGGCUCUCUGUUCAGCUCGUCAGAGUUAGUUGGAUUCUCGCCGAGACGUUCGUCUCUGUAAGAGAUGUCGCGGACGUCGACGCCGACCGGCUCCCGAUUGGACGAGGAUUUCGGUGCUCCGAGUCCACUCUACAGAUUCGGUGAAAUUCAACACCAGCUCGAUUCAAUGGAAGGACAGGACGAGGACGACGCGUACUGGAACACUUCCGGUCAGGGCGGCUUCAAUUUCGAAGAAGAUGGACCCACCAUGUAUGUGAGCAGCAGACCGAUACCAGAACGACCGAAAAUUCUGCACUUCAAGCCUAAGCUCGAGAAAGAAGUCGCUCAAUUCGCUUCGACGUCGAGCGGGAGGGGCAAUACUCCGAAACAGACCGCUGAGGCGAUUUUUCUGGGAAAGCCCUACAGCCUGGAGCAAUUCCGCUCCCGUGAGCAGAAAGUGGAGCUUCUCGAAGCAGCAUUGAGUAUCGGCGACACAUCCGCGAUCCAGGUCGUCGUUCUUUUCCUCAGGAACACGCUGAAAGCGAGCCUUUUCCAACAGGAAAUAAUCCAACGCCCUCUCGCUCUGAAAGCGCUCGUCAGUUACCUCCGGGACUCCGGCGAGAACGCAGGAGUCAUAGAGCAACUAUCGCUCUCCGGUCGGAGCGAUGAAGCCGCCCGCCACCGAUAUUCCGUGAUAAGCCAAAUCGAAGACAACAAAGCGAAGACCCGGGCUCUGGAAACAUCGAUCAACACUCAUUUCUUGGGGUGUCGGGAGCAAGCGCUGUUGGCGGAUGAACUCAAACUGUUGAAGCUGCAGGCCAAGAUCCAGGAAUGCGACGCUAUUACGAUAGAGCAGGUGAAUGAAACUAUCCUUGGAUCCUCGCUCGUCGACACGGUUAGGUACUGUGCGAAAUACCAUGCAAAAGACCCCGAAACGCAUUUCGCCUCGCCUGUUUACCUCAAACAAGAAUUCAAACUAUCGCCUGAGCAGUACAGUUACGCUUGCAUCUCUGGAUUUGCGGAAACGCAAAACUACGAAGCCAUCGAGAGUUUCCUGGAAUCGAAGAGUUGGCUAGGCAAGAAAAAACUGAGCUCUUCGAUCGGUUUCGAUAAAAUCGUUGUGAUUCUACACCAGCACAAGGCACCUGUAGACCUUUUGGAGAAGUAUAUAACUUACGUGGAUGAUGUUGAAGACCGGAUGGAAUUGGCGAAGAAAGUGGGCGCGAUGACAUCUCUGGUCAACUGCUUUGUACAAAUAAGAAACAGAACGGAAUUAGAAAAUCUGCUGACGAAGCUGCCCCGUGAAUCCACGGCCGCUCUCCUCGCGCAGUCAGCUCUCAACAAUCCUGCAAUCAAGUGGAAAAGUUGAGCCACCGCUCUCGUGAAGUCAUGCACAUCCGAGAUCAUAUUUAUGCGGAGUAUUUAU